CAGGAGUGGUUUUCCAAUUGCAACUACGAAACUCUCUUUUCCCACAUCGACGAGCUUAAUUUAUCGAUUGAAUAUCCUUGAGAACAUUAGACAAUAUGGCUACUUCAUCUGCCACUCCACCCAUCUCGUACACAAGACUUAAGCAAAUCGCGAAUGAUGCAUGCCAAAAUGCUUUGGGUAGUGCUGAGUUCUAUGAGCACACGAAGACCGAGACCUGGAAUACGACCAUAAUUAACUCGAUUCUUCGCUCCUUAAUCUCGGAAUCCUCUCCUGCUGGUGGAACUCCUUCAUACAAAUAUGCUGUGAACAGUACUAUUAUCCAACAUCUCGUUCCCACCUCCUCCUUGAAUCGAGCAAAAGCCACGCAAGAAUCAGCGCCCUCCGAUGCGACAGUCACAACCAGCGAUGUGAAGAGUGAAGCUACGGGCACUGAUGGAAAGCCACAUGUUGGACGGAGAGGAAUGCACAGUGCAACAGGAGCAUAUUGGAAUGAGAAGACGGACGGGAUGUGGAGCUUCAAGUAUGAAGGAGGAGAGAACAAGGGCCUGGACGUGGUAAUAAGCGUGAUUUGGAUUGCGAUAUAG